GCGCGGAUAAAUGCGGACAGGUCGUUUUUAUACCAUCCCGGCAGAUAAUGUUCUGCAGACGUCAGGAAUACUUCCUCUGGAAGUAUUUCAACUCCUUUUUGUAGUCAUCUCCUCUCUCUUGAAAGACUUCAGACACUUUCGUUUUGGUUUCAGUUACUAGCACUGCUUACCGCCUUAAUGUCUGUCGAAGAACCCAGUAUCCACUGCUCCAAUCCAUUCCACAGCCUUUCGUAUUCCUCCCACUAUACACCCCAAGUCCCCACUCACAAUGACCCUAUUAUAAGCCAGCUUCUUUCACAUCGGGAACAAAUGACCGACGUCUCUGACGCCGACGAGCAAGAACGGCAACGACGAAUGUAUACCAUGCUCCGCCACUCUCGUAAAUAUAAAAAGAUACAAGUGGAGCUCGCCAACGGGCGAUGGGAAAGCAGUAAUCAGGAGUCAGCGCAAGUUUCCAUUGAAGGGAACGAGAUCACAGCAGCAUUGCUUCAAUUGGGUGAUUUGGAAGGUAGCGCAAGAGCAGCGUUUCCUCCACCAUCCCUGUUGGAAAGUACGAACCCUUCGGGUCGCGAAAGACAGGCUAGCGGAAACUCUGGUGGCAGCAAAGCAGGAAGCCGCUGGGUCUCGUUUUCAGAGACGGUCGUCGUCAUUCGACAACCUCCUGGGCGCAUUGCUACAAAGUUGAACGAAAGCGACGAAUCGCUUGCCGAGUCUCCUCGUGACAGCCAAAGUACGGAGACGUCAGUAGUGUCGAUUUCAAGUGACGCGAGUAGCAAUAGCGAGAUAUCACCCGCGAGCAAUGCAAGCAGCAAUAGCGAUUCUGAGAAAGUGAUAGAACCAGCAUCUGGUAUCGCCGGCAAACUAGACAAUGACCUGUCGAAGCACCCAGCGAGCCACGCUGUUCCAGCAAUCAGAUCUGGUCGUCGCAAGAAGUUGCGUUUCAAGGCAAUAGCAACCAAACUACUUGGUCGAAAGCGUACUUGAGCGAAUAACAUCAUUAAUGGCCCUAGCCUUUCGUCAUAUGUGACUUAGAAGUGUAUAUAAAUGAUCUACCUAUUGCUGAUAGUUUUAACUCUUAAUGCUUCAUAUAUCUGGAAUAAGUAACUCUCUGUGUUAAUCUAACGUUGGCUAUCGAGUUGAUGCCAUGGUCCAUGGUGAUAAACUGCAGAAUGGCG